AUGCCUGUGCGCAGAAGUGGAGAAGCGCAUCGUGCUUUAGAACAACUUGAAGAGUACCACGCCUCAUUAGUAAGCUCGACUUCAUCGGAAUUGAAACGUGAAAUUGAAAAAUUAAUCAGCAACUUUAAAGGCGCACUGUUUCAAUCAUUAAUCGAUAUACAAGAUUUAUAUGAAGAUACCCUCUUAAAUGAGCGUAAAUCAAUCACGCAAAAGGCUAUUGAGACGAGGCGAAUUGCUGAACGCUGGGAGCUACAUCCGCCGUUUGGUCAUGUAACGAAAAUUGCUCCACUGGCUUCAGUGGAUUCUGGUUUCCAUUAUAUUGAUCAACAAUCAGUUAAUGCUCCAUUUAGUACGAGUACAGAUAUUCCAAUUCAUUCUUCAUAUUCGAUUCAUGAACAAAAGCGGCAGUAUACUUCAAAUGAUGGUUGGCGAACGACGGAAACUGUCACUAGUCAUACAGCAGCGGUAGAUCAAAAACAAUAUAUACAAUUUCAGGCCAAUGGGCAUACGGACUUGGAUAGUUCCGAUUAUGAAAUGGAAGAAGUUGUUCUGGAAAAGGGGCACACUGGACUUGGAUUUAGUAUCGCAGGUGGUCAAGAUCAACCUUAUAUCGAUGGUGACCCGUGUAUAUAUGUUACAAACAUUAUUCAUGGGGGUGCAGCUGCCUCGGAUGGUCGAAUGAAAAUUGGUGAUAUUAUCAUGCGAGUGAAUAACACGGAUUGCUCUCGUGCCCCUCAUGAAGUAACCGUAAAUGCUCUUAAAAAUGCUGGAAAUGUUGUUCGCUUGAUUCUGAAACGUCGUCGACCAAAUCUUUCCGAACGUGAUAUAAAUAUUUCUGGUAGCACGGCUUCAUAUUAUCCACGAGGAAGAGCGUCGCCUUUCCAUGAGAGUUCUGGAGCUUCCGUUCCAAAUUAUUCACCCCCAGCACCACCUUCGCACGGGUCAUAUUCAAAUAUAGCUAUCCAGAGGCCGUUACGUGAAGUUGAGAAACUCGAGCGUAUACCUGGAAUACAAAAAAUUGAUUUGUACAAAGGACAAAGAGGACUUGGAUUCAGUAUCGCAGGCGGUAUUGGCAAUGAACAUAUUGCUGGUGAUAAUGGGAUUUAUGUUACUAAAAUUAUUGAUGGUGGAGCAGCUUAUCACGAUGGUCGUUUAAGAGUUGGCGACAAACUUCUCGCUGUUGAUGAUGUUCUACUGGAAAAUGUCACUCAUGAGUUUGCUGUAAAUACGUUAAAGCAAACAGCUGCUAAGGUCACAUUAUAUUACUUAAAGAAUCCUCACCCGGAGCUUAUUCCCAUAACGCUUGAUGACAGUGUUAAUCGCUCAAUGGGAGCUCUCUCAACACCAGCUCGUUCAGGCGGUAGUUCAGUUCAUCACGAUUCUUUUGAUGCUAUCGGUCAUCAAAUGGUUUCGCAUGAAAUACCCCUUGUUCCUCGUUCUAUAUCUUUAAAUCGUGGUAUGCAGGGUCUUGGCUUUAAUAUCGUUGGAGGUGAAGAAGGAGAACCGAUUUAUAUAAGCUAUGUUCUUCCUGGCGGUGUUGCUGAUCUUUCAGGAAAUGUGAAAAAGGGUGAUGUAUUACUUCAAGUGAACAAUACUAAUUUAUGUAAUGCGACUCAUACGGAAGCAGCUAGAGCAUUAAAAGAAGCAACGAACCCAGUAAUUUUAACAUUGCAGUAUAGACCCCAAGAUUACGCCCAGUUUGAAGCAAAAAUAGAUCAGUUGCGCAAAGAUAUGAUGAGUGGUGGAAUCAUAACAUAUGGUUUGCCAACUAAAGAGCUUUAUGUCCGAGCACUUUUCGAUUAUGAUCCUUCCCGAGAUGUUGGUGUGCCACAUCGUGCUUUAUCAUUUUGUUAUGGCGAUAUACUCCACAUUACUAAUACGACUGAUGAUGACUGGUGGACAGCUAGAUUGGUUGGUGAAAAUGGUGAAGAAGGAAUCGAUGGAAUUAUUCCAUCCAAGAGAAGAGUAGAAAAAAAGGAAAGGCAACGUAGAAAACAGGUUAACUUUAAUGCUGGCAGUCAAAGUCUUGGCCGAAGUGGAAUGGAAGGACGACGAGGAUCACGUUCACAGCUUUCUUUCUCCAGAAAAUUCCCAUUCGUUAAAAGCACUGAAAAACUAAAUGAAUUUACCGAUAAUGAACUUGGUGGUGCCGAAGAACCAAUUCCAACUUAUGUAGCAGUAGAAAGACUUCAAAUAAAUUAUCCUCGACCAGUGAUAAUUCUGGGUGCACUGAAAGAUCGCAUAAAUGACGAACUAGUAUUAAGGGAACGCGAUAGAUUUAGCAGCUGUGUACCUCAUACAAGUCGUCCACCGAAACCGAAUGAGAUCGAUGGCAGGGAUUACCACUUCGUAUCCAAAGAACAAAUGCAAGAAGAUGUUAAAAAUAAUGAAUUUAUUGAAGCAGGACAGUUUCAAGAUAACUUAUAUGGUACGAGUAUUAGUUCAGUUCGAGAAGUUGCUGAAAUGGGCCGGCACUGCAUUCUGGAUGUUAGUGGAAACGCUAUACGAAGGCUUCAAACUAUAGCUAAUAUUCAUCCAAUUGCCAUCUUCGUGAAACCUCAGCAUUAUCGUCAAAUCAUGGAAUGGGAUAAUACAAUUAAUGAAGAUGAAGCUAUUAAUCAAUUUCAACGUUGUCAACGAAUCGAACAAAAUUUCGGCGAUCUUUUCACAGCGGUUGUUGCCGGACAUUCUCUUGAUGACCUUGUUCGUCGUGUGUUAAAUGUAAUUUCUGAGCAGUCUCAACCAUACGCAUGGGUUCCAUCAAGAGCACAAAUUUUCUAA